AUGUCGACUGAUAACUUUUCUAAGUUAGGCGCAAAUGCUUUUGCAAAAAUGGAGAAGGUGAACUCUGAAUUGUUUUGUUUGACUUACGGUUCAAUGGUAAGUCAAUUGGUCCGGGAUAAAGAACACAGUGAGGCCGUUAACGAUCAUUUGAUGGAAAUGGGAAUGAGUAUUGGAAGUAAAUUGGUCGAUGAGGUCCUGGCUAAAUUGGGGUGUGUGCCCUGCACUGAUUUUCGGAGCACUGUAGAGGCUAUCGCAAAGAUUGGCUUUAAGAUGUUUCUGGGCAUCUCUGGGAACGUGGUGGACGUUGACCCCGAGAACAAUGUGUACAACAUUUCGUUCCAGGAAAAUCCACUGGAUCAGUUUGUAGAACUUCCUGAAACUCUAAAGGACUUAAACUACUCUAAUAUUUUUUGCGGAGUCAUCGUUGGAGCUUUAGCACAGUUACAAAUGAAGGUGCAGUGUUACUUUGUAAAGGACAUGUUGAAGGGAGAUGACACGUACGAAAUGACAAUAAAGCUCGAAGAGGUAGUGAAUAUUGGUUAA